AUGAGUGUAUGGACUUUAUCGGACGGCAACACCCCAAUACUACAACCAGGUUUAACAUAUAUGAACAACCCACUUGAGGACUGCCAGAUCCAUAAUAUACAUAUUGAUUUCGAAGCCGAAGAUCGCACAGCAACCCAGUAUGGCUGGAACUCUUGGGGCCAGACUUUACGCGCGUUUAUGACUUGCUCGAUUGAAGCCGAGGCGGGCGUUACAUACUUUAAUCUUACCACGACUUAUGACUUCGUGCCUUCCACCGCCCAAUUUCCUACAGGCAACUACGACACGCAAGUGGGAACCUUUAGCUUCUCAACGCGCAAUGCCACGUCCAAAGCGAGCCUUUGGUGGGGCGAAUCUCUCCUUGCGCAAUACUGGGCCUAUGCUUCCACCCUAAUGCAGGACAUCCGACAGAAUACUGGCAACAACCUUAGGAAAGGCACUAUCCAUUUUACGCAACAAAGCGGGCAAAAAGACAUUACAAGACUCGACUUUUGGGAUGUGGAUUCACGCUUCAUCACCAACACCGAUAUCCAAAACCAGGAUUCUACAUGGGACCGAAGUGGCGUGGCUACCUACCCUUUAGGAGGAAGCGUAUCAGAUCUUGCUGCUGGCAAGGAUUCCAGCACACUUGACCUAGACGCGAUAUGGAUCCCAUCAGAUAGCCUGGCCAAAUCAUUCUAUUCCACCAUCUUAGUUGACCUGGGCCAGAUCACCGCAACACCGAAUGUUCUCACUGACGAGAACGCCUUGCAAUUCUUCACUCAAAAUUUCACGACCAUGCAAAAAGGUACCGCGAAUGCUCAGCCAGGUCCGGCUCAUGACAGCUAUCACGCGUUGAAAGCGCAGACCGGACCACUACAGAUCUCGCCAUCUAUCAUCUCGUCCAAGUACCUGUGCCAGAUACCAAAACGAAAGUCUCCAGGCACGCUAUUCGUGUCCAUUCUUGUCGCGGAUUUAGUACUGAUACAGGCUGCGUGGAAGUUGUUCAGCCUAUUCACUAGCUCCUGGCUCACUAACAAAUACCCUGAAGGUAAGUUACAACUCCUGCUUGUCGACUUUGAUAAGAACAAGCUCUAA